AUGGCUUCACGUAACUGGAGUCGCGGCGGUAACUAUCCUUUUUUACCAUUUUAAUUACUAAUUUCAGGUCCUGGCUAUGGUGGUGGAUAUAUGGGCUCGAAUUCUGCCAACAUACCAGGUUCCAUGGGUUUUUAUGCGAGUCCGAUGGACCGCCGGUCAAUGUACAACACCAGCCCGAUGGGCAAGCCAGACAGUUGGGGCGUGGGGUACCGCGAUGAUCCCUACCGGCGUCCGCGCGAUGACUAUCGUGGAGGCAAGCGACCUAAAGGGAAGAGCCCGAUGGGCGAGAAGCGUCCCCAUCAUGAUAACUUCGGUCCUCGGAAGGAUAAUCGCCCAGUGAAGCGCCCUCAGUCCAGCAGCCAUUACGAGGUUAAAGUGCCCCGGAUGCCCCUCAAUAUCAAGUCUGCGACGUUCCCCGAAGCUAAACUGCUUCAUCCACACCUGUCUAUCCCGGGGGACUUUUCUAAAGCAUGUUUUUCUUGGCAAGAUGCUUUCCCUAUGCACGAACCAAUGAAACUGGGCACGAAAACUGACAUCUACGUACGCCGUCGGUCGUUUUGUUUCAUUACAGUUUAGAUUGUUCACAGAGACGUGGAGUCACACGUCACUCACCCACCCAAUGCUUUUGAUGCUCCUGACGCGGACUACUCCUAUUCAGUGCGGGUUAUGCUUAUGGCAUCCCCCGAGCUUGCUGAACUUUACAAAAGUACCUGCCGCACCGCGGACGAACCAUACAAUGCCGAGAAGACGGCGGCCACGAAAAACAUCUACUUUCUUGUUGGUGGAAGGACAAAGACUGAAACCAUGGGUAUCGGCGGCCCAUGGUCCCCUAGCCUGGACGGGGAAAACCCGGACACUAAUCCUCAAACAUUAAUUAAUACGUCAGUGAGAACUUUUAAAGCAUUUACUGGAAUUGACUUGUCUUCAGUUACGGAGUGGUAAGUUCUACUUUAAGAUAGGAUUACUCCCUAGGACGCGCUUCAUGGAGAUCCGUUACUAUCGAUGCGCCAACAGCAAGGCACCUACGCUGACCGAGGAUGAGGAAGAGCGUGAUAUACUAGAGGACAGACAAGAAGUUGUAGUAUUCAUGAUUCCCAACGUCUCUCACCUGAUGCCACCUGACUGUGAGUGGGAGAAGACCAAACAGUUGUACGCUGAGUCCCUGCAAAAGCUGCUUGCAUCACCCGAGCCCGAAAAGACAGAGGCUCCGACGAAGGAGGAACCCGAAGCCGAAGUCUCGCAAACUGUUGACACUACGUUAGAUGAGAGUCAAGAAGUUGGUGUGUCAGCCGACGGUGAACCGACUCACUACUCGAAGCUCGACGUCAAUGUCAUGAAGGUACGCGUAUACUUCAAUACUAUCGAGAUAUGUGUAGGUCACUGAAUUGCGAGCUGAGCUUGCUGCCCGGAAGUUGGAUAUCAAGGGCGUCAAGGCCAAUCUGCUUACUCGACUCCAGACUGCGUUGGAAGAGGAGAAAAAGGCUGACGUGGGGGAACCAAGGCCCGAAGAAACGCCUAAGACAGGUAAGUACGGUUAUCGACCCCUCGGGAAGCUUCACGCAGACCAACCGGUGCUGAAGAUUAUUCUCUGAGUCAUCCCCUCGCUAGUAACGUCCUUCUUUUUACUUGUUCAGCCGAGGAUACACCCACUAAACCGGCUGCUCCCUCGGGCCAGCCAAAGGAAGAGCCCAAGGAAAUUUCUGAAAAAGACCGUCGCCGCUUGGAGCGUCUCUAUCGUUUGGGGGAUAAGCCGGCAAUCCUUGUUUUCCCUAACAGGGCUGCUCGUGGUGGUCGAUUCGAUUGUCACCGCGUCUCACUUCACUCGCUCCUCAACUAUCAAUCUGGGGAACAGAAGGAACACAAUUUCGAAGUUUCUCUAUUUGCGGAACAGUUCCAUGAAAUGUUGCAGCGUGAUUGCGCCUUCACCAUCUUCAAAGCUAUCUACAGCGCUCCCGAAAAGGACCCUAAUGAGGCAAAGUACGAGGAACAUUAUUCGCCUAUAUGUAGUAGGAUCUCACUGAUGCAUAUGGCUUAGUCGGCAAUGUCAACAUUGCUGUGGGGUCUGACGGGCAUAGGGGGGCUAGUUGGUUGUCCGUCGCUGUCUCCGCUACUGUCAUUAUCUACAGCAAACUGAGGAAAGAUUGUUUUAUUUUAGGCCUGAACAAAACGGGGUCUCGCGUGAUGGUUCUGACGAGCCAGAGUCCAAGCGGAGGAGAAACGAAAGCGAGAGCAGUCAGACGAACAACGACGAAACGGGGAAAGCCAGGCGCCUGCGUCGGACUGUUGACCCCAAGCUCUUGUUCUCUUUCAUUUAUUUCGACAUUGGCCAUUCGGGUUUCAUCCGAGAUUACGACUUGGUGGACAUUCUCCACUUGCUGAAUCUCGCUUAUUCGAAAGCUCAGGUACUUCCUUCCUUAUAUACAUACAUUAGCUCUAGAUGAAAAAACUGGUUGCAAAAGUAACUACCCGUCGGGAUCAUGUGCAGUACCGUAAUCUGACUGACAAGGACAUCGUCGAGGGCGACGGGAACGACGUUAUUUCAUUGAAGCUUGAAGAGAAUGACCCUGAGUUUCUGCGUGAUUUGGCUGCUGGAAACGAUCUCUUGUUCGGGGGUGAUAAGCCACAGGUCCCGGCUAAGUAAGUUUGUUUUGACCUUAAAGUAUUGUCUUCAAGGGCUGUCGUUGUGGGUUCUGAUGGAGACGCCCAACUCAUACAGAGGGUGCAUGCGGCUGAGGAAAUAAAGAGGUCAACGGAAUUCCAGUUCUUCCAGAUAAAGGAUGAAUUAGGUAAGUCCUAUUAAACUUGCCUGACUUUUUUUUAGAAAAGACGCGUGCUAAGCUGAAUUCUUGCAAGGACACGGAGGAGAAACUUCGCGGUGAAAACCGUGAUCUACAGAACAGGUUAAAGGAGGAGCAGAAGUCUAGCCGGGACAACAAAGUCCUUGUAGGCACUUACAACCACCUACUAAAGCAUUCACGAGAUAUGAUGUCAAAUGCCGUUACUGAAAUCGAUAAGCAAUUUGAAAAGGAAAAGGCCAAACGUGAGGCCGAAAAGGCAGCCGCUGAGGCAGAAAAAGCCAAGGCCGAGGCCGAGAAAGCAGGCGAUGGAAAGACUGAUGAGCCGGAGGGCGAGAAGAGUGAAGAGAAAGAGUGGGAGGUUGUUGAUCAAGUGUAA